AACUUUAUGAGAGGCCGAAAACAAUGCAAGUACGCAAUUCAGACCUGCUCUGCUGCGAUCCGAGAGCCUUACUCAGAUUUAUAAAGCUUAAUCUCCCAGUCAGUGGCAUUAGUAAAAUGUUGCUUUUGGCACUGCUAACAACACACUUUGUGGCUUCUCUGGCUGAGCCGCGGCUCAUCCAGCAGCUGCGGGAACUGGGCCUUGCCAACUUGCUGGAGCAGGAGGUGCGCCCCAAUGUGCCUCGGAACUCGGCUAGCUACGACUUUAUUGUGGUGGGAGCUGGCGCUGCUGGCUGCACGCUGGCGGCGCGACUCUCCGAGAAUCCCCAGUGGCGCGUGGCCCUAAUCGAGGCGGGCGGCGUCGAGAACAUUGCCCACCUGACGCCCGUGAUGGCCGGACAGCUGCAGCUGACCGCCUCCAAUUGGAACUAUCAUUCGGUGCCGCAGCGGCUCGCCUGUCGCGGCAUGAACAACCACGAGUGCGCCCUGCCGCGUGGCAAGAUUUUGGGCGGCACCAGCUCCAUGAACUUCAUGAUCUACAAUCGCGGCAAUCGACGCGACUUUGACGCCUGGGCGGAGCGGGGCAACCACGGCUGGAGCUACGACGAGGUGCUGCCCUACUUCCUGCGCAGCGAGUCCGCUCAGCUGCAGGGCCUGGAGCACUCGCCCUAUCACAACCACAGCGGGCCCCUCAGCGUGGAGGAUGUCCGCUACCGCAGCAGCUUGGUCCACGCGUAUGUGCGUGCCGCCGAGCAGGCGGGCCAUUCACGCACCGACUACAACGGCCAGUCGCAGCUUGGGGUAUCCUAUGUGCAGGCCAACACACUCAAUGGGCGCCGGCAUAGCGCGUACUCCGCCUACAUACAGCCCGUGCGUCGGCUGAGGCCCAAUCUGCACGUCUUUCCGUUCACCAGGGCAACUCGCGUGCUCAUCGACGUGGCUACCAAGUCGGCGCAGGGCAUUGAACUGGUCUACAAACAGCGCACAUACAAGUUUAGGGCGCACAAGGAAGUCAUCCUCUCCGCGGGGGCCUUCAACUCGCCGCAGCUGCUGAUGCUGUCGGGCAUCGGGCCGGAGGAUAAUUUGCGAGCUAUCGGGCUGCCCGUGGUGCAGGCCCUGCCAGUGGGCAAGCUGCUGUACGAUCACAUGUGCCACUUUGGACCCACCUUUGUGACCAACACCACGGGCCAGACGAUAUUUCCAACAAGUGUUACCCUGUCUGACAUACUGUCCUUCUAUCUGGCUGGCAAUCCGGCAACGCGUCUCAGCUCCAUUGGGGGUGUCGAGGCGUUGACCUUUCUAAAAUCGCCUCGAUCACAGCGGCCCGACGACUGGCCGGAUCUAGAGUUUAUAUUCGUGGCGGGCAGUCUAGCCAGCGAUGAGGGCACAGCACUCAAAAUGGGCGCCAACUUCAAAGAUGAGAUCUAUGAUACGCUCUACAGGCCGCUGCAGCUGGCGAGUCAGGAUCAUUUCACGCUGCUUGUGAUGCAAUUCCAUCCCAAGUCGGUGGGUCGUCUCUGGCUGCACAACCGUAAUCCCUUCACCUGGCCCAAAAUCGAUCCCAACUAUUUCCAAAAUGAGGAGGAUGUAGAGUACCUGCUCGAUGGCAUCAAAGAGGCCAUCCGCAUCACCCAGAUGCCAGCGCUCCAGGCACUGGGCACCAGGCUCCUCGAUCGCCCCGUGCCUGGCUGUGAGGAUCAGCGCUUCGGCUCGGACGACUACUGGCGCUGCUCCAUCCGCACCAUGUCCUACACACUCCACCACCAGGUGGCCACCUGCCGCAUGGGACCAGCCACGGAUCCCACUGCUGUGGUCAGCCCGGAGCUGAAGGUGCACGGCAUGCGCAAGCUGCGCGUCGUGGACACCAGUGUCAUUCCCAUUUCACCCACCGCCCACACGAAUGCGGCAGCCUUCAUGAUCGGCGAGAAGGCGGCCGACUUGAUAAGAGGCGAUUGGCUUUGAGAUUCAAGUGUGGCGGUCGAAGUCCUGUGGCUGACGUAACGGUGGGAUGGGCUCCAAGCUUGUUGUUUGCCUCGGCCAAGUUAAUUAAAUGAAAUCGCCUAACAGGAUAACGGGAGGGCAAGAGAACGGGGAAGAGGGAGCUGAGCUGAGCUGAGCUGGAGCCUGGGGGUUGACCGGCCGCAGAGUGCAUUCACCCAGUCCCAAGUAACGAGGGUUGAAAUACUUUCGUUUCGACUAGGCACAGCCACGAUAUACUUAUCCAACGGGGUGGUUUGCAUGCCGCCAGCCAUGAAAUAGUCAAAACAUGAAAACUGAAACUUGCCAACGGAUGCUGCUGGCUGUACCCAAAGCCCAACAGAGUGAGCUCGGCGGAGGCAGUCAAAGGGGGGUUGCGAAUUGUUUAGCUCGCCCGUUGAACGGAUGAAAAGAGUGCUGGGGGGGAGAUUGCUAGAAUGCUAGAUGAGUUGACUUGCAGUCGAUGGGAGUGGUGCUUACAAGUGGUUAUCAGUAUGCAGGGGCAGAGGCAGAGGCAGAGGCAGUGGCAGAGGCAGAGGCAGAGGCAGUGACAGAGGCAGAGGAAGCGGCUGAGAGGGAAACAAAUUUCCCAUUGUUGUUGUUUGUUCUGCUGUUGUGGUUGUCAGCCUUGUUGCGGGCAGCAAAGCAACAACACUUUCAAUAUGCAUCAUCAGGGGGCUUUCAGAGGGGCGCCAGCAACGUCAAUAAUCGGGAAUACCCCAAAUGAAAUCCUAUUUUCAGUUAACAGCAUUAGUUUUUAAGUGCGGAUCGUGCGUUGAUAACUCAUAGAUAACAGUAAAAGGCAACACCUUCUUAUCUACACAUAAUUCAAUUCAAUUAUAUAAAAAAAUCAAUUCAAUUUAUUGGCUCACUGAGUGCUCCGCUGAUAGGCUGAUAGCAGGGUGAUUAACACACGAUAGGAAAUGUAAUAGCUGACAUAAUGAAAUAUUUGCUCGUAUCCGAUUUGAUUAGUGGUAGCCAUAUAUGUGUAUGUAUAUGUAUCUGAAGAUCAAUUACUGAUUUCUAGACUAAGUUUGCGUUUGUAUGUAGAUAUCAAGUAUAUGAGAAUAUUUUGAUAUAUUCAAAAUAAUUGCUCGCAAAUUCUUUUUAUUAUCCAA